GACGUUGUUUGGUGUGGGUGUUCCCGCUUCUCUGAGGCUUGCACUGUAGUAAUUUUUUUUUUUUUUUUGUUGGUCCUGGCUCAUUUUGUCAUCGGGCUUGUCGAGGCUGACAGCGCAGUGAUCGUCCUGUGUCCACUGCUAGAGACCAGGUGGAAUACCUGCAUGCAGGGAAUGCAUAAAAGUAACUGAAAGUUGAAGGACAGACUAUUCAGCAUCCAUGGAGAACAAUUUCAGUUUUGAGGAGGGCAGUGAGAUGUCAUAUGAAGACAAUGAUGCAGCCUUCCCCUCUCCAGUGAGACUGGCUUCACCAGGCCUGAGUGGGAGCUUUGAUCCUGAACAGAGGGAAGAGGAGGAGGAAGAGGAAGAGAAUGAACUUCAUCCAGAAGCCGUUGUCGUUCCCAUUGAUUCAGAUGCUUUUCUGAAUCUGAACACCAAUGCCACCACAAGAGGGGAUGCUCAAGCCUAUGUAGAGCUGAAUGAACUCCAGGGCAACAUCUGGCAGGAGACCAGCCGAUGGGUGGGCUAUGAAGAGAACUUGGAACUUGCCACAGGAAAGUGGGGACAUUCUCAUGUGUCUUAUCUCACCUUUAAGAGCUUACUCCAAGUCCGCAAAACCCUGAGCACAGGUGCGCUCAUCUUUGACAUGAAUGCUGGCAGUCUGUCUGCUGUGGCUGAGAAAAUUGCCGAUGAGCUGUUGAGCAAAGAUGAGAUCCGGGCUUCUGAUCGAGAGGGCCUGCUGAGAGCUCUGCUGUUGAGACGCAGUCAGUCUACGGGACCUGUGGUCACCCCCUCUGGAGACAUUCACAUGCAGACUUUUUCUGUUGCAAAGAAGAGAGAGAGCUCUGAUAACGUGGAGGCCUCAGUUGUCCUCACAGGUGUCCUCGACCUUCUGCAGAAACCAGUGAUGGCCUUUGUCAGACUGGUCGACUCUGUGGUGAUGGAGUCCGUUUUGCAGUCUUCUGUCCCUAUUCGCUUCGUCUUUAUGUUGGUGGGCCCCACAACAACUGAAAUGAACUACAGUGAAUGUGGACGUGCUAUGGGUGCUCUGAUGGCUGACUGGGUGUUCUGUCUGGAAGCUUACUUGGCCCAAACUGACAAAGAUCUGUACACCGCCAUUGCCGACUUCAUGGACUGCAGCAUUGUGAUUCCUCCCACUGAGAUCCAAGAUCAGGUGAUGCUGGAGCCAAUAGUUGCUUUCCAGCAUAAGAUGCUGCGUGACAGGUACCGUCCUACUGACACCCGACUUGCCUUUGGAGAAAGGGCCAGAGCUAUGGCCGCUCCAGAGGAGCCGAAGGAGGACCCUUUGGCCCGUACAGGCUAUCCGUUUGGUGGAAUGGUGAAGGACAUUAAGCGCAGAUAUCGCCACUAUAUCAGCGACUUUACAGAUGCUCUGAACCCUCAGGUCAUAUCCGCCAUCAUCUUCAUCUACUUCGCUGCCCUCUCCCCAGCCAUCACUUUUGGAGGGCUUCUAGCUGACAAAACUGACAAAAUGAUGGGUGUGUCAGAGCUGAUGGUCUCCACCUGCGUCCAGGGUGUCAUCUUCUGUUUAUUCGCUGCCCAGCCUGUUCUUGUCAUCGGCUUCUCUGGACCUCUGCUCCUGUUUGAGGAAGCAUUUUUUGCUUUCUGCAAGUCCCAGGACAUGGAGUACAUCGUGGGCCGUACCUGGGUGGGUAUGUGGCUGGUAGUGAUUGCGGUUGUCAUCGUGGCGGUGGAAGGCAGCUUCCUGGUCCGGUACAUUUCCCGCUUCACUCAAGAAAUCUUUUCCAUCCUCAUCUCGCUCAUCUUCAUCUACGAGACCUUUGCAAAACUCAUAAAGAUCUUCCAAACCCACCCUCUGAUCCUGAAUUAUGACCAUCUCAACGACACAGUGGACAAUCCUUUCCACCCACUCGUCGUGGAGCACACUGAGUUACAUUCAGAUGGCAACGUCACCAUUAAGGAGCUGGAGAUUGAAAGGCCAUACCCCAACACUGCCCUCCUGUCCAUGUGCCUCAUGUUUGGCUGCUUUUUCAUUGCAUACUCCCUCAGAGGUUUCAAGACUGGCCACUACUUUCCUGGCUGGAUUCGUCGCCUGAUUGGAGAUUUUGGCGUCCCUAUUGCUAUUUUCUUUAUGAUUGCUGUGGACAUCUGCAUUGAAGAUGCUUACACCCAGAAACUGGUUGUGCCAAAAGGUGUUGAAGUGACCAACCCCAGAGCCAGAGGCUGGUUCAUCAACCCCUUGGGAGAAAAGAAGGAUUUCCCUGUCUGGAUGAUGGGAGCUUGCUGCAUACCUGCCCUGCUUGUUUUUAUCCUCAUUUUCAUGGAGUCCCAGAUUACUACAUUGAUUGUGAGCAAACCUGAGAGGAAGAUGGUGAAAGGAUCUGGUUUCCAUUUUGAUCUGCUCCUACUGGUCACCAUGGGAGGCAUAUCCUCCAUCUUUGGGGUGCCUUGGCUGAGUGCUGCUACAGUGCGAUCAGUCACCCAUGCCAAUGCUCUCACUGUCAUGACCAAGGGCCCCAAACCAGAGAUAGAGAAGGUGGUUGAGCAGAGGAUCAGUGGCACAAUCGUGGCCGCCCUCGUUGGUGCUUCGAUUUUCAUGGAACCCAUUCUGAAGAUGAUUCCUAUGACAGCCUUGUUUGGCAUCUUCCUCUAUAUGGGUAUCACCUCUCUGAGUGGAGUCCAGAUGUGGGACAGGAUGCGUCUGCUUAUCACUCCAAAGAAAUACCAUCCUUCUGAUGCCUAUGCCACCAGGGUGCAGACCCUGCGGAUGCAUCUUUUUACUGUCAUCCAGCUUGUGUGUCUGGCUGUCCUGUGGGUGGUGAAGAUGAGCCCCUUCUCUUUGGCUCUGCCUUUUAUUCUCAUUCUCACCGUUCCUCUGCGCAUCCUCAUGACCGGACGGCUUUUCACUCCCCUAGAGAUGAAAUGCCUGGAUGCAGACGAUGCCAAAGUGAAAUUCGACGACGAGGAGGAUGGACUGGCGUAAGAAGUUUAAAAAAGUGAAGUCAUUAGUUUUGUAUUUUCAAACUGUUCUGUUAUUUAUCUUUUAAGGAAAUUACUUGAUACAUACACACAAUAUUCCAGCAUCUAAUUUUUGUGUUUUUACUGGUAUCUGCUCUUUAUCUUCUUAGAUUAAAAGAUAGUAUUCUGAUUUAAGAGCAACAUAAAAAAAACAGAGGUAUUUAUUUUCCCCAAAGAUUUGAGUUAAAUCCAUUUGUUAUGUGUUUUUUCUUUGAAUAAUCAAAUAUUGAGUGACUUUUAAGUGACUAUAGUGCAGUGACAUUUGAAAUCUGCCUGUGGUAUUUUCUAAAUUCACCUUAACUUAAUCAAAUUUAAAUCAAUAUUAUUAAUCUUGAACAAAUAAUGAAAUUUGCUGAACUGUCAGAGGUGCUAUAAAACCAAAGCUUUUUGUCUAUUCUUUUUCUCAAAUGAAUUUUAGGGUGGGUUUCUCGAGUUUGCUUCAUUUAAUCUUUUGUUUGGGAUAUGUUUACAGGAUAGUUUUUGUUUAGUUGCUCUGUUUGUAUAAAACAAGAUGUGAAAUUCAUUUAGAACUGAGUGUAAUUGCUUUAGGAUUAUAAAAUGUAAUGAGCAGUAAUAGGAAGUCAUUGGUGAGAUACUAUUGAGCUGAUUGUUGCACCGAUGACAUCAGGGAAACAUUUCUUUGUAAAUGUCUUAAAAUGCUCUUCUUUUUUUUUUUUGCCUAUCACAUUUGUUCGCUUAAAACACUGUACAUGCUUUGAAUUUCCCUUUAUUAAAAAUCAUUUUAAAAAACAACCU